AUGAAAUUUAUUGCAAUUUUAUUAUUAGCUUUAUUAGCAAUUGCAACAACAUCUGCAAAUGCUAAUGUUUGUGGUCGUUAUGCUUGUGCUCCAGGACAUUCAUGCAUUUGUGAUAAAGGUGUUUUCAGAUGUGUUUAUCAAUGCAAUGAACUUCAAAUUGUUCAAACUGUAGUAAAUAGAUGGACUGAUGGUUCAGAAGGUCCAAGUGUUCAAGUUCAAGUUCAAAUUAUUAACCAUUCAGGUGUUUCAAUUAAAGAUCUUGUUAUUGCAUCUGCUGUUAAACUAAAUGCCAAUCAAAUCUGGGGUGUUGAUAAAUGUACCUUCAGCAAUGGUAUCACCAUUAUGGAUUUACCAAACUAUCAAAACGGAAUUGCAAAUGGUUCAAGCUAUUCAUUCGGCUAUAUUGCUAAAGGUGAUCAUGCUGCCAAUUUAUAUGUUCAAAAAGUUUACCUU